AUGAUAGUCAACACUAUCGACGACGUUGAUGACUGGCUGGCUGCGGUACUCGAUGGUGAAGAUCGACGACCUAAGUUUGGAUUACUGGAUUUAAAUCAGCUGAUUUCUUCCAAUACGGAUAUCACUGAUAUACUGGCGGAGUCUUGGAGGACGAGCACCACUUCGAAGACAGUGGAGAGACUUCUUUCCGUCGAUGAACCUUCAGAAAGCCUCGAAGACGGCGAAGCCUUCAAGAAGUUUGAGUUAGGCAUCAGGGAGGCCAUCAAAGUCGCAGCCAAAGUCUCAGCAGACCAGAUCUCGAUUGUUGACGAUGGACUGGACAUGAUAACUCCCACAUAUACCAACGUCAGCCAACCCGACUGCUCACCGGCUGGAACGAUCACUCUGGCGAAACAAGACGUCGAUUCGACUCUCUCACUCUAUUCCUUUCAACCGACUUUCCCAGGGAAUGCCUUGGCCAUGUCACAGGCCCCAACACCACAACGCCAUACCUGCCCACCGCAGGUACCUCCAAAUUGGGCACAACUACUGGAUGUGUACUUCGCCAACACUCAUUCGUGGCUACCCAUGGUUCAGAAGCACGAUCUUUUGCGAUUGGUUUACCUCAAAGCCAACAGCGAUAAGGAUGCCAACCCAUCCAAUGCUAUUCACAACGGAGAUCUAUGUUUUCUCUGGACAGUCAUGGCCUAUUCUUUGCGGCAGUCGGGAUCUUUGGAGCUUUCAAAGGUCUUCCUCGAGUCAGCGACAGAUAUUUUGGCCAAAGACAAUGGAAAGUAUAAGAUCGGUCACAUACGGGCCCUACUCAUCGUCGCACUUAUUAGACUGGAAGAGAAAGACAAUGGAGCCGCGUGGCUCGCAAUCGGUCAAGCCACAUAUUCAGCUGUCAUGUCGUUUCUUGCUGCGACUGUGGACGGGUCCUUGCACAAAGACGAGGGCACAGGGCGAACACUUAUGUGUGUCUUUGUCCUUGACACGCUCAUCGCAAGCUUGGCAAAGUCACGGCCAUAUCUCGACUCCUCGGACGCACAGCGCUUUGGUCUGCUUGCCACAGAGUCCAUGGAAGAAUGGGAGCCGUGGCAUUCAAAAGAUUUGGACGACCAGGCGCAGCCGCCGAGUCACGUACCAGGACUGGUAUUGAGCAUGUUCAAUUCCUUCUUCCUCCUUGUUGGCAUUCUAAAUGACGUCAUGAGACUUGAGAUGGGAAGCGACAAUAUUGGUCGUUGUUACCAUAUCAUCAGAGACUUUGAAGAAUGGAGGAAGCAUCAUUUGCCGGACUGUGGAAACCAGCAUGAUGUCGUGACUUCGCCCCAGGAUACGCAUCUUCGCCUUGCUUGUGCUAGUAUUUCCGAGACUCUUAGGACAAAAGUGCAACGCCUUAAGGGCACACCAUAUGGAGUACCAAGCAAGGGAUCCUCGGAAAUACUUGUUCAGGAGCAAUCUCUUCUUAAACUUCUCGACACCACCAAGACAUUUCGCAUGCCUCCGACAUCAGUAGUCUUCCUCACUAGCCUCGAAACCGCUUGCGACUACCGAAUGAGUAACACUCAGGGACUUGGAAGACCUCCUGGGGAUCUGCAACCCCUAAAGACUGCCCUUUCUGAUGCUCAGAAGAGGAUUUCCCGGAGACACAGCCUUUCUACAAUGUCUCGCAGUGAAAUCGCCGAAAGCGAGCCAGCGACAAUGGAAGCCAUAGCAGAUUACAUACCUGUGCAUCAAACGGACCUUCGGCAAUUUCAGCCAGAAGCGCAAGUAAGCUUCAGUCAACUGAUGGACACUGCGACGGAGAACAUCGGCGGUGAACUUUUCAUGAGUCUCGCCGAUCUCGACUCAGCUGAUUGGUCGGCAAAUCCACCAGAGUUCAUGCGGCAUCUCGGAGUUGUAGGCGACAUAGCGACGGAUAUCCAGUCAUUCUUUGACCAAGAGCCUGGGUAA